AUGAACAUCACAAGUACAACCACUCCAUCCCAUAUGGCACGACUGGAAUUCAACUCAACGGAAGAAGCUCUUCUGCACACGGUUCAAGUGAUCAUUGGACUGUUAAUGAUCUUAUCCGUUCUCACCAAUGCGAUGGUUAUUCGAAUAUUUUUAGGCAGCAAAUUUGGCAAACUUACAACCGCAAAAAUUUUGUACGCAAACAUUUCGAUUAGCGAUGAGUUUUUUCUGCUCGCUUGCAUUUUCCAAGCAAUUAUUUACGGAAACGAAUGCAACGGAAAUUGUCGCAUUGUAUUUUCCUAUGCCACUCACAUUUCCGGCUUUGUAUCAACUUAUACGAUGGCGUUCAUUGCAUUCAAACGUUAUCAUGUCAUUGCAUUUCCUAUGGAAAAUCGAACUAAUUCAAAGUGGCCGACGUUUGCAGCAAUUUUUUGCAUUUGGUGCUUUUCGUCUGUGAUGACUUUAAUAUUUGUCCGGUAUGUGGAAGUGGUGCAAUUUAAUAAAUCCUUUUUUGCCCGGAUUUGUACAGUUAUAUCCAGUCCGGUAAAAGCGUCUCACGAAGAUCCAUACUUCUCCCUGGUUGCAAUGGUUGCAGUUCCUCUGCUGAUUGGACUCGUUUUUUCUUUGAUGGCUGCCAUUUCACUUCAGAAUAGGAAAAUAAUUGGAGACAAUGUCACCAAAGAAGCAAUAGCAAUCAAAAGGAGACAAAAAUAUCAAUCCAUUGUAAUGAUUAUGAUGGUCAUAUUAACUUUUGCAGUUUGUUGGCUGCCAGUGACAAUUUUUUAUACCAUCGAACGAUUGAAUUACUCUACCAGAUUGUUAUGCGACUACAAUUACUACUUUUAUGGUAUAUCGGCAGCAAUGCUAAUGGUGGAAUUCGGAGCGAACCCAGUAAUUUAUUGGUUUUUGAAUCCAGAUUUCAGGAAAGGAUUAAGAUCUGAGAUUGCUUUGUGUGUAAGAUGCAUUAAGCGUGACCGAUAA